AUUAUAAGCCACCUUUUUUUUCUAAUCGUAUUUCUUUUUCCAACGCUGAAGACGGAUCCCCGCUCCCCUUUUGAUAAAAUGAAGAAGAAAGCAUAAUUUUUACUGUUAACCAACUUAGAGCUGACCGGGAAGCUAGUCUGCUUCUCUUGCAACAACUCGCUCUUUUUUUUCUGUCUGAACUUGAACCCCUCUCUCUCUCUCUCUCUCUCUCUCCAUCCAUGGCAGCCAACAAGUUUGCAACCAUGUUGCACAGGAACACCCCGAAGUUGAUUGUAAUUCUAGUCUAUGCUGUCCUUGAAUGGAUUUUGAUAGCACUCCUCCUCCUCGACUCUUUGCUCAGUUACUUGAUCACCAAAUUUGCCGAUUACUUUGGUCUCAAACAGCCUUGCCCGUUGUGUACUUAUAGAAUCGAUCGCGUCUUGGAACAAGGCAACAGCUCAAACAACUCUUACACAGAUGUUGUAUGUGAGAGCCAUGCCACUAAGAUAUCCAACAUGUUUUCCCGUCCUUGUUCUCCACCGUCUGAGCCUUCUUGGGGUUCUUUGGAGUAUGCCCGGAAAGGAGAUUCAGCUGUAGAGGCUGUGGAUGAUGGAAACAACGGAGGCGAGUAUCAACGUGCAAACAAACCCGAUAGCCUGUCAACUCACAGUGACAAUGGCUAUGAGUUAGAGACAACGAAUGAAGAACAUGAGGACGAUAGAGUGGCAGACGAGCAACAACUUACAUCGGAUGUUUGCAGUUCUAGCUUCAGAGGCAGUGCAGUGGAAGAUUGUCUGACGUCUAGAUCAGUAUUGCUACGUCAGAAAAAUGAUGCAGAUGAAGACAACAAAGGAGGUUCUCUUGAAAUUGUGCGGUCAGAUUCCAACAGCUCGAAACUUGUCCAUCAAUCCUCCGAAGCUAGUGCUACUAGCAUUCAGUGUUGCUUUGAAGAAGAUUACUCUCUCGAAAUCGUCCCCCUAUCUUCCAAGGAUGGUUUGAUCUGUGCUCACAAUCAUCGGUUGAUUCCCGUGGAGUUGAUUGAUUUUUCAACUACAGUAGACCAAGGAAUCCGCAAUGUAAAAGAGGAAGAGGUGAGAGAGCGUGAUCAUCAUGAAGUGAAUUUCGCUUCCAACUCAAACAUCGGAUCUCAACCUCAACUCUCUGGAGAAGCAUCAUUAGUACUCAUGGUAAACGAGAGUGCAGUUAACACAAGUAACGGAGAAGUUGAAAGCUUAGAUAUGAACAGGGGUUUUACUGAUAACUCUUUUGAGGUAGACGCGGAAGAGGGAAAACAAGAUCUGCUUGGCAAGCCAUGUGAUGAAGUUGUCACUGAUCCAGGAGCUCAAACAUUAUUUGUUCGAAUUGAAGAACCCGAUAACAAAGAACGAAAUGAUCCACCAGCAUCUGAAGAAGAAAGUAUUUCUGUUGAUUACAUUAUACCAAGAAAUUUGGCAAGCACAGAAGUGGGUGACCGUGAAACUGAUCACCCUCGGGCUCAAGAAGGUUCUUCUUCGACGUGCUUUGAAAAUCCCAAUGUACCUGAUACAUUCUCGGAUCAGAGUGAUUACGGUUUAAGGCACACUGAAGAAGGUACACCGAAAGAGGAAACAAGUAAGCUCGAAAAUGAUCAAGAAUCAGAGGAAGAGAAGAUUCCUAACUCACCAACAUCAGUAAACAGUCUUUGUUCCUUGCACAAGAAACCGGGUGGAAAAAAAGAGCCGGCGGUAGAAGAGUAUUUGGAUGGAAGUGGUGUCAGUGAGAUGGAAGAUGGAGAUCCUUUUACAACCAUUGGACGGCUCAAAGAAGCUCUGACAGCUGAACGUAAAGCUAUAAGUUCCUUGUACGCAGAACUAGAGCAAGAGAGGAGUGCGUCUGCAAUUGCCGCCAACCAGACUAUGGCUAUGAUAACAAGGCUUCAAGAAGAGAAGGCAGCAAUGCAAAUGGAGGCAUUGCAAUACCAGAGGAUGAUGGAAGAACAAUCCGAGUACGAUCAGGAUGCCUUACAACUUUUGAAUGAUUUGAUGAACAAGAAGGAGAAGGAAAAGCAAGAACUCGAGAGAGAACUGGAAAUAUAUCAAAAGAAAGUCCUAGAUUAUGAGGAAAAAGAGAAGAUAAGGAUCAUGAGCAGAAUUAAAUAUGGAAGUGUAAAAAGCAGGAAUUCCUCUGCUUCUUGCAGCCAAUCGUGGGAUAGUGAUGCGCUAUCGAUUGACCUUAAUGUUGAAACCAGGGACGAAGAAAGUGGCUUUGGUGGCCUUCAAGAAAGCAAUAACAACAACAAUACUACAGAUGAUGCAGGUCUGAGUUUGGAAGACUUAGCUCUGGAUUGUGUUAAAAAUAUGAGUGUUCUUGAUGAAUCGCUAGCAGGGUUUGAGGAAGAGAGGCUGUCCAUUCUGGAUCAGCUCAAAGCCUUGGAGGAGAAGCUAAUCACGUUGGGUGCAAAUGAGGAAUUGGGCGAUGACUUUAAAUUGGUUGAGCAUUCCCCCGCGUAUAGCCUCAAAGACUUCGAAGAGAAUCAUGAUUUUAGCAGUCCAGAAGAAAAUGGGACAUCGAAGGGAUUUUCGGAGGAUAAACAUGAUCCCGAGGGAAAGACAUUGAGUUCCAUGGUAAAAAGACUUCUUCCGCUUUUGGAUGCAACUGACAAUGAAACCGAAGAAGGGUUAACUCAUGAAGAACACGUUGAACAAUCUGAAUCUAUUGAAACAAUGCGGAACUCAAUUGCCAAUUUUGAGUUGAAUGAUGGCAAAAUAGCCAUUGAAGAAGAGGUGGAUCAUGUUUAUGAGAGGCUACAAGCUCUUGAAGCAGACAGGGAGUUUCUAAAGCACUGCAUGAGCUCCAUAAAGAAGGGAGACAAAGGGGUGGAUCUUCUCCAAGAGAUUUUGCAGCAUCUAAGGGAUCUGAGGGCUGUUGAACUCCGCGUCAAGAACAUGAAUGAUCCCGAGGGCGAUGAAGUUGCAGUUGAUUGAUACAAGGAGAAUCUAAUUAAGAGAUUGCUGUAUCGGUGAUCAGGAAGACUACAGAAGCAGAUACAUAUGUGUGAUGAAGAACAAAUUACGGAAUUUAUCGAUGAAGGGGAUGAUUCCACUUAGUGGGAUAAGGCUUUGUUGUUGUUGUUGUUGUUGUAUCGUUCAAGGGAAGAUCUCUUAAAGGAGGGGAGGGAUUCCUUCUUGUGUUUGUUCCACUUGGGCUGGGCAUGGCACAAAUAUGCCCUAAAUUUUGCAGUGACUCCGCAUUACUGCAGAAUGCAGAUAUAUGAAGAGGAGCAUUAUAUUUUGAGUUUGUUAAAACAAAUUGCUUCUAAUUAUUAAUAGUCUGUUUAUUA